UCCUUUUUAGUAAUCGAACGAUCAUGGAUUCAACGACCAGUGAAGGAGCCUCUUCCUUUUCCUCUUCGUCUACUUCUUUCACCCGUUCAUCCUCUUCGUCUACUUCUUUCACCCAUCCAUGGAGAUAUGAUGUCUUCCUCAGUUUUAGAGGCGAGGAUACCCGCUACAAUUUUGUAGGUCAUCUGUACAACAAUUUGAGUCAGAUGGGAAUCAAAACCUUCAUGGACGAGGAGGCGCUUAAAAGAGGAGAGGAAAUAUCGUUGGCGCUUCUCAAAGCAAUUGAGGAUUCGAGGAUUUCUGUUGUUGUCUUCUCCGAAAACUAUGCUUCCUCACGGUGGUGCUUAGAUGAACUCGUUCACAUCUUUCACUGUAAAGAACAACAGCAGCAGAUGGUUUUUCCAGUCUUUUUCAAGGUGGAUCCAUCGGAUGUGAGAAACCAAAGAGAGAGUUUCGGUAAGGCACUUGCUGACCAUGAAAGCAAACUCAAAGAUAACAUGGACAAGGUGUUGAGAUGGAGAGAAACUCUUACAAAAGCAGCAAAUUUGUCUGGCUGGUCAUUCCUGGCCGACGGGCAUGAAUAUAAAUUUAUUCAAAAAAUUGUUGAAGAGAUUUAUGACCAAGUUUUCGAGAGUACCCAUCUGAAAGUGGUAAAGUACCCAGUUGGAAUAGAGUCACGUGUCAAACAAUCCAGUUCGGUUUUUUUGGAUCCUCCUGUCCUCGAUCGCAAGCAAUUAGCCCUCCAACGCCGUGAAGGACAAACCGAAGAUCAAAAGUGCCACCAGCACCAUUUACUCUCCAGUCUCGCCCUCCCAAACCGUUCCUCCGACGCCGCACCGCCCGCAACCACCGCCAAUCCUGAUCAAGACCGAGAUCGAGAUCGAGAUCGCAGUCCUUCAAAGGCACAAGAUUGCAGGCAGCUGGAAACUCAGAUAAGGGGGAAGGUGUUGUUGCAGAACGGGACGAAUCUGAUAGUUUUGGGAUUCAUCGUUUUGUUUAUCAUCAUCGUACUAUUUAUACUAGUGGUGAGAAGUAGAUACGCGCCCGCCUAGGCUAUGGAGGUCGCCCAAAAAAGAAUAAUACUUGAUUUCAUGAAUAAGAAUUCAUACUUAAAAUUUAUAAUUAGAAUAAUUUAAAUUAUAAAUCACUUUACAAGCUUCUACACAUCUUUGA